AUGAAGCAUUUCACGAAAAUUGGAAUCAAUUGAAUUUGUCAGUAAAACGUACAUUUUUAUUGAUGAUGAUGGCUAGUAAUAAUAUAGAGAUUAAACUUUCAUUAUUCGAUAGAUUCAACUUGUCUUUACCUUUAUUCAUGUCGGUAAGACAUAUAUACGUUUUAUGUAGUCAAUAGUUUGUUUUAUUGGUAUUUUAAGAAUAAAGAUGUACUUAUGUAAUUUUGUAUAACUUUUAAUUUUUUUUUUUUUUAGGUUCUAAACCAGGCAUAUUCUGUCGCUCUUCUGAUAUUAAGAAUGAGUUAAAGAACGACGAAUGUAUAUAUUUCAUUAUUAACAUGUGGUAAAGUAACUUUAAUGUUAUCAAUACAAAAAAUUCUUUCAUUUUUAGAAUGAUAAAUUGUAUAAAGAUUCACAAAAAAAAUCAAAACAAAGAAAAAGGGACCUAAGUCAGGGUAGAAAUUGAUGUGUAACUAUUUAAUUAAAUAUCAAAGUAUAAUUAGUGUAUAAGUAGUCAAUAUAUAAUUAAAAAUUUCAACAAUAUGACCAUAUCUAUUUCUUCUUGUUUCGACUUACUUUUAAGUCAUUCUGAACAGUAUCGCAUAUUAUGAUCUUGUUUUUUUCUGUUUUAUUAAAAUAUUUCAAUAUGUACAGAAAUGUUCAGAACCGAGUUAUAGAGUAAUUUAACACCAGGAAUAAAAAUGAACAAUUAAGCUGUCUCUGAAAAUGUUUCAAGAAAAAUAUUUUUAAAAACGUCUUAUUUAAAAAAAUUUGGUAAAUAAAAAUAUUAAGAUGAGAGACCAUAGUUUCUUGCUCAAAGACGCAUCAGAAACAGUCCUGCUUUUCUCAAACUGUGAUUUAUGUAAUACUUUAUUAAUGCUUUAAACUAUUCUAAAAUAUUUUUUAUUAAUAAUUUUCAAAUAAUGUUUUAUAUUUUAAAUUAAUCACAGUUAAUUACGUUUUUGUUAGUACGUUUGUCCAUCCACAAGAUGGACGUCCAAAAUGUAAAUCCCCUAAAUGUUCGAUUAAAUAUGAUCUCAGGCAAUUUAUUACCAAUAACUGACGAAGAUUUGACAUUUGCUGUACCGUAGAGAAUAUACAAUAUUGUUAUAUGGCUAAUAUACAAUAUUGUUAUAUGGCUAAUCAAGUGAUGCAAAUCUGCGCAACGAUCUACGGAUUUGUAUCAGUGGCGAAUCGCGAAGCUUUACAGGAUGCUGGAACGAUGGGCAUCCUAGUGAGCGUUGAAGUAUUAAUUUUGUUGACGCGUAUGUACGCAAAUAGAAAUCUAGGAAGGCAAUUAAUCCAAAAGUUGAAUAGCCUUCUGCGCACCGAAGACGAAAGUAUGAAGAACAUCGUGCAUUCGACCCUGAAACCAUUAGAGAUUCCUCUCGAGUUUUACUACAUAGGUGGAACCGGAUCUGUAAUAAUAUAUUGCUGUUUACCGUUUAUGCUGAUUUUCAAAAAGAAGUAUUUUUUCUACGAAGAUUUUGUAAUGACAGCAGCUUUUUCGAAACAGCCAUUCUCGACGAAAGUUUUUGUGUUGGGCAACCUUUUCGAAACCAUCUCCUGCGCUUUCAUAUUUUUAAAAAAGGUUGCCAUGGAUGUUUAUAUGAUAAAUCUCGUAUUACUACUGACAACACAGUAUCGCUACGUCGCAGUGAAACUCGCAACAAUACUUCGUAAUGAUUCUUCACAAAAUGAGGACCAUGAAUGUCAAAAGAAUGAUAGGCCUGCAGAUUUAUUAGUGGAGAAAAAGAUGAAAGCGUUAUUUCAACAUUACAGCUCCGUAAUUUUCACAACUUUAAUGUUAAAGAAAUUCCUGUUCUUGAAUAUGAGUUUUAUUUACUUGAAUAAUAUCUUUCGUUUCUGUUUCAUCGAUCUACUCUUUAUAAAUGCAAUACGAUCAGGGGCUAUCUACGAAGUAGCUUUGCUCAUUAUAUAUGUAUGUGGCGCCUUAGUACAACUGUAUAUUGUGUGUUUCUGCGUUCAUCAGUUAUUAGAUGCGAGUAAAGAAGUGACAGAUAUAGCAUUUCACGAACAAUGGUAUGAAUUUAAACCCUCGGUGAAACAUAUGUUCAGGAUGAUUAUAAUGGCUAAUAAUUUAAAGAUUAAACUUUCGGUUUCUGAAAACUUUAGUCUUUCUCUUCCUUCAUUUUUAGCGAUUUUAAAUCAAUCGUAUUCGGUUGCUCUUUUGCUUUUAAAAGUGAAGUAAAAAUUGACAAUGGACAGAAGAACGCAAGAAGCAUUACAAAAAAAAUUAGAAUUUAAUAUUAUUAAUAAAUAAUAGGACACAUAAGUAUUAAGGUUUCUGAACCAAAUAAAAUCUAACAUUAAACAAGACCUAUUUUUUAAUUUAUUUUGUCAAAUAAAAUCCACUUACAUAA